CCCAACCUCCAAAGAAGAGAGACCUGACCAUGGGAAGAGCACCUUGCUGUGACAAAGCAAACGUGAAGAAAGGCCCAUGGUCCCCCGAGGAGGAUGCCAAGCUCAGGUCCUACAUCGAGCAGCAUGGCACUGGUGGAAACUGGAUCGCCCUCCCACAGAAGAUUGGCCUUAAGCGAUGCGGUAAGAGUUGCCGCCUCCGGUGGCUUAACUAUCUCCGACCCAAUAUUAAGCAUGGUGGCUUCUCUGAAGAAGAAGAUAACAUCAUAUGUAGCCUAUAUGUUGCUAUUGGAAGCAGAUGGUCCAUAAUUGCAGCACAGUUACCUGGAAGGACUGAUAAUGAUAUAAAGAACUACUGGAACACAAAGCUGAAGAAGAAGCUCCUGGGAAAGCAGCACAAGAAUCAACAACAGGCCCGUCGAGUCUGCCGAAGAAAUCAGGGGACCAAGGAUUCUAAAGAUAGCAACACCAUGAGUGCUAAGGAAGGUAACCAUCACUCCUCUUGGCCCAUGCCAACCAUUUCCACUAACCAAUUCAACCAGGUGGAUCACCAUGCUAGCGAUGACGUGCAUGAAUCGAUCACAAAGUUUCUAAUGAACCUUGAUGGUGCUGCGUUUUGUUGCCGUGGGAGAGCUGAGCAAGGAAAUCCACUUGCUUCUUCUCUGGGACAACAGCACCUGAAUAGAAAUUCUAUGGGUUCAAUUACACUUCCCGAGCAAGCCAAUUCUUUCAUCAAUGGUUAUUCUCCAUCAGGCUACCGUAUAUCACAAGGUCUAAAUGAGAUUGCAGUCGAGCUUGAUGAGAUGUUCUUGGGCAACUCAGUAAAACUACGAGGGCUGGAUUGCUUCUUUGGAGCUGGAAACAUGGUGGCCGAGAACAAUUGGACUAGCACAUCAGGAAGCAUGAACUGGAAUGAAAUAAGCCCUUUGAUCUAUCCGCCUGUGGUCACUAACUAUCAAGGGAUGCAGCAGCAAUGUCUUCCUGAUGAACUGGUGCACAUCCUUGGGGCACAAAUAUGAUUGCUGCUGUACAUGAGCUGUGUAAACUUGUGUGGAGGAGGAGGUGUUGCAAUUCAGCUAUUCCCCAAUAAAAACACUCUUCAGAAGAGUUGUUUGAUGUGCUUUUCGUUUCAUACCCCUUGCCAGUGUUUCCUCAUCUUUGGUUGCUUCAAUCGAAUACUUUAUAUUAGUUGUGUAGUGUUUGGUUUGUUUCCUGUUGGGAUCUUCCUCCAAUUCCUGAACUGUAUUUGCUGUCCUU